AUGGCCGACACAGAAAUGGCAGUUGCCCCAAGUUCAUCAACACCCAACGAUUACAUUGAAUCGUUAUCACCCGAGCAAAUUGAACACGAUCAGAAGAUUGGAAUCAAGGCCAUAAGGCUUUUCCUUCAAAGUAAAACGUCGUACGACGUUUUGCCGGUCAGUUACCGUUUGGUGGUUUUGGAUACUUCUUUAUUGGUGAAGAAAUCAUUAAAUAUUUUAUUACAAAAUAAUAUUGUUAGUGCACCAUUAUGGAAUAAUAAAACCUCUAGAUUUGCCGGGUUAUUAACUCUGAGUGAUUUUAUUAAUGUUAUCCAGUACUACUUCCAGUUCCCAGAGAAAUUUGAAUUGGUUGACCAACUUACUUUAGAUGGAUUACGUGAUAUUGAAAAGGCAAUUGGGGUGGAUCCAAUUGAAACUGCUUCGAUUCAUCCCUUCAAAUCAUUAUAUGAAGCUUGUGUUAAAAUGUUGGAUUCCAAGGCAAGAAGAAUUCCCUUGAUUGAUGAAGAUGAAAAAACCCAUCGUGAAAUUGUGGUUAGUGUUUUAACUCAAUAUAGAAUCUUGAAAUUUGUUGCAUUAAAUUGUAAAGAAACUAAAAUGUUAUUAAAACCAAUUAAAGAUUUAAUCAGUCUAGGUACUAUCAAAGAUAUUUCUACUUGUACCAUGAAUACUCCAGUUAUCGAAGUUAUUCAUUUAUUGGCUCAUAAAUCAGUUAGUUCGGCCCCAAUCAUUGACGAUCAAGGUAAAUUAAUUAACGUCUAUGAAGCCGUCGAUGUAUUGGCUCUAGUGAAAGGUGGAAUGUAUACCGAUUUGGACCUCAGUGUCGGUGACGCCUUAUUAAGAAGACCAGAAGAUUUCGAAGGGGUCCAUACUUGUACUUUAAACGAUCGUCUUAGUACCAUCAUGGAUACUAUUAGAAAGUCUCGUUUGCAUCGAUUAUUCGUGGUGGAUGAUGAAGGUAAAUUGAUUUCCGUCAUCACUUUAAGUGACAUCUUACAAUAUAUUCUCUUUGGUGAAGAUUAA